CAGCCUCUGUCAUUCUCGAGCGGAUAGUUUUGUUGUCAAAAUGGAGUUCUUACUUGGCAAUCCAUUCAGCACUCCCGUGGGUCAAAAUAUAGAGAGGGCGACAGAUGGAGGCUUACAGAAUGAAGACUGGACCCUCAACAUGGAGAUCUGUGACAUCAUCAACGAGACAGAAGAGGGGCCAAAAGACGCCAUGCGGGCUCUGAAGAAGAGGCUCACCGGUAACAAGAACUACAGAGAAGUGAUGCUGGCGCUAACAGUUUUGGAGACGUGUGUGAAAAACUGUGGCCACAGGUUUCACGUCCAGGUGGCCAACAGAGAUUUCAUCGACGGCGUGUUGGUCAAAAUCAUCUCGCCCAAGACCAAUCCUCCAACCAUCGUGCAAGACAAAGUUCUGUCGCUCAUACAGGCCUGGGCUGAUGCCUUCAGGAGCAGCCCUGACUUAACUGGUGUGGUUCACAUUUACGAGGAACUGAAGAGGAAGGGCAUCGAGUUCCCGAUGGCAGACCUGGAUGCACUAUCCCCCAUCCACACACCACAGAGGGGUACACCAGAGGUAGACCCUUCUAUGAUAAAGUACCUAGCACCUGCUUCACCAGCUGUUGUGACGACUAGACCUUCCCCGACCCCUGCCUCUGCUGCACAGGAUCCCCCGGCGCCUGGCCCCAUCACAGCAACCGCUGAACAGAUCGCACGGCUGCGCAGCGAGCUGGACGUAGUGAGAGGAAACACCAAAGUCAUGUCGGAGAUGCUGACAGAGAUGGUCCCUGGACAGGAAGAUGCCUCUGACCUCGAACUGCUUCAGGAGCUGAACAGAACCUGCAGGGCCAUGCAGCAGAGGGUAGUCGAGCUGAUUUCCCGCGUCUCCAACGAGGAAGUGACCGAGGAGCUUUUACACGUCAACGAUGACCUCAACAACAUCUUCCUCCGAUAUGAGAGGUAUGAGAGGUACAGGUUGGGUAGAGCUGCACAGAACAACGGGAUGUUGAAUGAGGCCACAGAGGACAACCUGAUAGACCUGGGCCCAGGCUCUCCUGCGGUGGUCACGCCCCGGAUCAUCUCCAGCCCUACGCCCCACUCCCCCGCCAGGGCCACUGCCUCCCCAGCCCGGGACCCCACUCCCGCCUCGCUAUCCACUGCACUAGCUGGCCUUGAUGUAGCCUCAGAAAGCGUGAGCGGCACCCUUUCUUCUUUACCGGGCCCCAAAAAGGAUGACUUUGACAUGUUUGCCCAGACCAGGAGCACCUCGCUGGCCGAACAACGCAAAAAUGUAACGUAUGAAGACCCUCAGGCUCUGGGCAGCCUGGCGUCUGCUUUGGAUGUGAGACAACAGAACGCAGGAGGGCUGAGGGUUAAAGGGGAUGAUAACCCGGCAGAUCAGGAGCUGCCCAUAGACAGCUGGCUUAUUACCCAAGGAAUGAUCCCCGUAUCGCAGUCCUCUGUAAUGGAUGACAUAGAGGAGUGGCUCUGUGCUGACGUGGUAGGGGAUACUGCAGAGGAAGGGGUGACCAGUGAAGAAUUUGACAAGUUCCUGGAGGAGCGAGCGAAGGCAGUGGACUCUCUGCCAUCUCCCCCUGGAGCUGACCCUGCUCAACCCGCCCGGGCCCCCAGCGCAGGCUCCCACAAGAAGGCUGAGCGGACAGAAGACACCCUCUUUGCCUUGUAGACUGUUCACAGCGAGCCUCCAUCGCCCUACGUGAUUCCUCCAAAACAGUCCUGUCGGUCUUAUUUCAUCGCCUGCUGGCAGCGGUUGUAGCAAGUGAUCUCCACCUCGUUGUCGUUCUCAUGCCACAGUGUUGCGCUAACAUGCAGAGGUCUUAUGUUUACUGUGCACAGCGGUGUUGCAUUAUACAGUAUAUGGAUGUAUUAAUCUGUUAAUAUGGGAUGUACUACUCGCAGCCCUGCAUCUAUUUUGUCACGCGCCACCAAAGGAAGACAUCCCUGCUUGUCUGAUGUGGUUGUCAAAAUGUAGUAUAUUACUGCGAGAUAAAACGGAAACAGUUCCCUGCAGGUCAAAGCAUCGAGUCAGUAUGGAAGAAUACAAUAAGGGUUAUAUUGUGUUGUUUAACUACAUUAAACUACAUAGCUUAUUGCUAAUGUAUGCAUUUAUUGUUUCAAAUGUUUGCUCUUUACUAUGUACAAGCGCUGUGGUAAAAUUUGCUCCAUGCAUUUUUUUUUUUCCCCACAAAAACUCCAGUUAGGCCCCGUGUCCACUAAGCGUUUCUUUCUGAGCUCCAGCGUCUUUUUUUCCCAAUUGUUUUCAAUGAGGAGAAAGCGUAUGGAGCAGCAGGCGGCCGCUCGGAGAAAAAGUGCAGCGCCCAGUGUCUUUUUUUUCCGAGCCGCGAGCACUCCGCCAUUUUUUGUGCGGCCGCUCCCGAGCAAUCAAAUUGAAAAUCGUUCAACUUUUCAGAAAGGUGCUGUUGACGUCUCCGGCACUCUUUUCCAAAUGUUUAAUAUUCCCUGUAGUCGUGUCUUGUACCCACAUCCUCUUUGCGGGUAAAGUUUGAUCGGUAAAUAAAGGAUCGAAAAUAAAAAACAACGGAGCAGUGUCGGUCAUACACCGACCGUUGUCAUAGAAACAGGAUGGAUGUGCAGCGCUUUUCUGCCCGGACAAAACGCUAGGCGGACACACGGGGCCUAGCUCUACAGUAGUUGUGCUUCUGAGAUAUGGGUUGAAUGGCAACAAAUGUCAAUACUCGAUUUUCCUGAAGUAGCAGUGUGGAGAAAAAAAUGUAUGUCAGCAGGCUAUUUUUGCUAACUAUGACUAUAAGAGCUAAAUCCUAGCUAAUCUUAAACGAGUGUAUGCCAGCAUUCCUUUAGCCAAAGGGAAAAAGACACAAAAAUGGAAAAGCACUACAGCAGUUUGGGGUUGUCUGUUAUGUUUAUAUAAAAACAAAAUGACUAAAGGGAAGGAAUGUGUCCAUGGAAUAUUUCCCAUCGUCCUUUUCAGUCCUCUGAAAAGCUACAACAAACUAGCUUAGACAAGCUCUUAAAUAACUGCAAACACUUUUAGCCAUUCCAAAGAUUAUUAAGGCUUUAACGACCAAUUAGCACUGAGUUCAGCCUGUCGAACAAUAAUCAUGUUUAUAUGUUGUAAAUGUUUAGAGAUCAUGAGUAUUUUCCUUCCCCCUGCUACAGUAGUGUCUGUUUGCUCUUUGAUGCAAAAAAACAAAUAUAUGUAUUUUGUCCUUUUGUGUUUACAAGAUGGUAACUAUUUUUCUAGGGGGAGGGGGAAAAGUCCCAUUUUGCACAAGAGUCUUGUAAUUGUUUCUAGCCGUGUUUAUUCUGAUAGAAUUAGAUCGACAGAGGGUUAAAACUUAAGAUGGCAAACAUCUUUGAAUCACGGUCAGAAUUGCAAAUAGAUACAAGACAAAAUAAUGGCAUUUAAACUCUCUGGCACAUUAAUCGACUAAAGACAAUACAUAUAGCUUACAGAAAUGCACGGUUAUUAAGGAUGUAUUUAUAUCAGUAGACCCUCCUGACUCCAUAAAAUGAUUAUAUACCUCAAAAUACAGAGAUGAAAGUUUCUGUAUCUGAAUGACAAAUGUAUAGGCCCAGAGUAAAUCCAAAAAGCAGAGAGGUUUGUGUUUUAUUUGAUCCCCUGAUUGUAUUUUUUAAUAGUUUAUGUAAAAAAAAAAAAAAAAGAAUCUUGUUUGUACCCAUCAUCAUUUAUCUUUUUUUGUGGUUGAAAAUAAGCAUGUGGCAAACGGACAAAAAUCAUUCUUCCUUUGAUUCGAGCAGUCAAAGAUGUAUUUUGAUUCUCUGCACAUUUCCUCUCUUGCAUGAUUCAGCUGCUCUCGUUUGGAGCUGCUGCAAAGCAUCUCUGUAAAUGACUGAUGUCAGCUCAGCAGCUCUGUCUGUAGUUUUUCUUUGGUGUGACGAUGUUCACACUUUGAGACAAAAAUCAAUGCGUUCUUCAUUCAAUUUUUUUUCCUAAUGCUGUUUUCUGAGUUUAUUAAUUUUCCACUUUUCAGUCUUGUAAUGAUGAAACGCUUUUUUAGCCAUGCAUCAAAAUCACUUCAAAUUCGAGUUAUCUAUUAUCAGUGUAGGCCUAGAAGCAGAGGGAAGUAUUUAGGAUUUAUCACACUUGUUUGCAGGAACGCGGUUUUAACAUUUUAAAUGAUUUGUCUAAAAUAUUUUAGUUUAUAAAAAUAAUAACUGAGCUUUAACUUUUUUUAAAUGCUGUAAGGUAACAUUAUAUAUAGAUUAAUAUGGUUGCCAGGUUACUGAGAUAAUAGCGUUAAAUUUACAAUCAAUGUGGUGUUCACUUUAAAAAAAAACAUUUUACCAAGAGGGCUGAACAAAGUUGAUUACUAAAAAAAGGAAAGAAACUAGAGAGUAUUUUUGAGAGUGUGUGUACGACGUUUUAUUUUUUUUAUUUGCUUUUAUGAGGUUUAAGUUCUGAUUGCAACAUGUAUUCCUCAGAGCUUUUGCUAUCUAGAAAAAGGUAACUGAAUGUCUUUUAAUACUGGUGAAGCAGAACUGUUUGCUGAUGUUAUAUGGACAUGGAAAUAGAGGGUUUGUUUUCUGUUGGUCGGUGUCCCAUGUCUGCUGCCAUUACUAAUGGUCAGAUUUCUGUUUGGCCUAAUGCACGUAUUUAACUGCCCAAUAAAACACUAGCAAUGUGUGACCUCUACCUCA